UACCCUGUGAAUUUUUCAACAUAAUUUUAUUUUAUUUGUAUGGAAAUAUUUUUUCAUUGAACUUAAUAUUCUUCCAUGCACAAUGAAUCUUACGGAAUUGGACUACUACAACAUUUUAAAUGUUGCGCGCAAUGCCACAAAGGAGGAAAUACUUAUAAGUUAUCGAAAAUUAGCAGCGAAGUUAUGUCCCCAGAGAGAUGUUCGGCAUGAAAGGGAUUUUGGCCUAAUCACCAAUGAGGAUCAAACGACUCACAUGUCACCAUUACCAUUAACACGCCAAUGGGAAUACAUUAACAUGGCUUGUGAUAUAUUGGGCAACGAUUUGCGCCGCUCCAUUUACGAUCGUUUUGGAGAAUCCGGUCUAUUGCAAGGGAUCCUGCUACCCAAUGGCUAUUUUCCACCUUAUCAAUAUCAUGACGAUCAUAUGCGAGUGUAUUGUGAUGUGUUUGCUUCGUAUUCGCCAUAUGCCAAUGUCAUCGAUUCGAUAAUGGGCAAAUCUCCUCCCCUUUAUAACAAUCAAACCUACGGCAUUGGAGUGAAAACCAAAGAUCCCCCUGUCAUCAAACAAAUCGAUUUAGAACUGGAAGAUGUUUACCAUGGCUGCAUGAAAUUAAUGCAUGUAUGGCGGCAAGAGUUUGUUGGCUGCAGUGAUGUGUGCACAGAGAAGCGAAAAAAGAUUCUUAAACUUCAAAUACCGCCUGGCGUAAGGGCUGGUACACAAUACUGUUUCAGUGAAGAGGGCGAUAGAAAUGCCACGAAAAUUCCUUCAGAUAUUAUUUUCAUAGUUCAGGAUAAACCUCAUAAGAUAUUUAAGCGUAUUGCUGAAACUGAUGACUUGUUGUACAUUCAUGAGGUGACCCUAUGUCAAGCGCUGACGGGAUUUCACUUCACCCUAAACACUUUGGAUGGACGCCAAUUGAAGGUGUACAUAACGGAUGUGGUGCACCCAGGGUUUACUAAACGCAUAAACGGAGAGGGAUUGCCACGCUGUAAUAAAGAGAUGGUGGAUGAUUCCUCGGUGCCUCUUAAGAGUUCAAGCGAAGAUUUUGGGGAUCUUGUUAUACGAUUUCAAAUCGUUUUCCCUCAAUACCUGAGCAAGGAUAUGAAACGUUUGACUCGCAAAUAUUUUGCUGAUCUUAGUGCAAUAGAACAGCAAGAAGCUGAUAAAAAUUCCGGAUGCCAUUAAUUUUGGGCUAUGAAUAACCAAUGUUUCUCUAGACUAAUUGGCAUAAAAAAAAUAUUCAAAAUUUUAAUCAAAUAAAUUUCGGCCUACUGGAUUAGAUUAUUUUUAUACCCUCCACCAAAGGAUGGGGGUACACUAA